AAACCCAAAUCUGGGAUCUGGGUUCUCUCUCAGACUUCAUCUUCUUCCUUUCCCUACUAAUCCUUCUUCUUUCUUCUUCUUAUUCUCUCUCUCUCUCUCUCUCUUCUCCCUUCUUCUUCAUCUCUCAAACCCAAAUCUGGGUUUUUCUCAAUUGUGUCGUGUUCAUUUUCUAUACAAAAUGAUAAUCCAAAAAAACCUUCAAGCACAAAUCACUCAAACAGUAGAACUAAAGCAAACAAUUUUUUAGAAAAAAGAAAUGCUAAUCCAUACAGAAGCUAAAGGAUUUAAACUGUAACCAUUAGAAUUGGUGGAAAGGAAAAUCCAGAGAAAAGGUGUCUCCUUUUUUUUUUUUCUUUUGGGUGAGAAAAAGAUGUCUCAUUUGAUAUUUGAUGCUUUCUUUCAGGUUGGCCUGAGCUGGACUGCUGGAACUCUAGGUAUAAAUUAUAUCAUUUCCCUCAAUCCAUUGAGCAUGGCAACAGCUGUCAUAGUGACAAACAAUGGCAGGAAAGAUAUGACAAUAACUAGCGCACUAUUUAGCGAUGUGAAGUUCAAGAAAAGGGGAGGGACAGCAGUCCAAGGACUUGGAGGCUGCUCGUAUUGCACACACCCUCCUCUAUCUUCUUUCGAGCUCUUAUCUCCAUCUGAAGCAAUGCAAUCUCAACCUGGAGGAUGGUUUGGUUUCCAUAGCGAAGAGAAAGAUGGUGUUAUCUGGAAAUGGAAACAGAAAGAUGUUCCUCUCAACAUCUUGAAGCAAAAGCUCGUGUCAAAUUUCUGGUUUACGUGUCUACAAGAUAAAUUGCAGGAUUAGUUUAUUAUUUGACAGAGUCCAAGUUUGUUAUUUAGUCUUUACUUAGUGGAGUAUGGUUCCUUAUUUUUAGAGAUAAGAUUAGUUUCCUUUUUUGCAGAUCAUGGAGUCAUUGAGUCCUUGUAUUGUGCAAUCUGUUGCUCUACAUUUUCUAUUUAAAUGGGCACUAAUCAGUUGAAUAAAUAUCUUCAAUUUCA